AUGAUCCCGUCUUUUGAACAGAUCAAACCCACAGGGUUCUCGACAGAAGAGAUACAGCUUCAUACGAGCCCUAAUUUCUCAUCUGAAUUCGUUAACAUCUUCAAAUGUAACCAUCUUUGGCUACUAAAGCUACAUAUUCAGAUAUUCUCUCCUGUACAUGUAUCUGUUCUGUCAUUGAAUAGAGGAGUAAAAGAGCAAGAAAAUGUUGGCGACGCAGUUGGUGGCGGUGAGUGGUUUGGUGAAGUUACCUCUGCCUCUAAAAGAAGAAUGAAUGACAAAAAAAACACUCAAGCAGAUUCUCAAGCCUUCCUCUUCAACACUGAUAAGAAACAUGGCUGUCGUUUACUUCUAGAAGAGGUAGAUGAUGCAUUAUACUACUACAACAAAUGCUUGGAGUCUGAGGAAAUCAUUUGUUUGGAUAGGAGAAUGACAAUUGAAGCUGUGGAUGGCCUACACAAGGCACAGUUGUUAGAUUCUUCAUGCGAAAGGAUGUAAUAAUGUGAUGGUGUUCUACCAAUCAACCUCAUAAUAGCAGGUCUGUAAUUUUUCAUUUUGCUUUUGAUUCAAGUCAACAUGGUAUCCAAACUACUCAUACACAUAUAACAUUGCUUGUAAAAAUUCAGAUGAAACGUAAAGACAU